AUGCGAUCGGGCCCUGACAUGUCACCUCCCCCCCGCAAGUCCCCUGCGGACCUCGUCUCUUCCAGCUCGACGCUAGAUCCCCGCUCCGCCGCCCCCGCAACCUUCUUUCUCUCCCGCACUCCGUACACCGACGAGGCGGAAUGUAGUUCCUCUCCAGAGCCCGAGGCGCCCGGCAGCAUCAAAGCGAGCGAGAGCAUGUAUGGAAUUCAAAGUCUCACAGAGAGUCUGACUCGAUCGGAUCAUGUCGCCAGUCCUCAACGGGAUCUCAGCACAUCCAGUCCCCGCACGCGCAGCUCCUCAUCAGGAUCCGACUCGCUCAGAGAGACCCGAUGUUCACAACGCCGGUCGACAAUCCUACAACUGGGCAACACUGAGAUCCUUCGAGACUCGUCCAUUCAACCUCCAUCAUCGGACACGCUAUCCCGCCCACUCACACCCUUCCACCCGGAUGAACCGUUGUCGCUACCCAGCAGUCCCAAGUCCAUUUCCAAUCGAUCCCUCCGACCCUUGGACGACGUGUCCAUCACUGACGAGAUCAACAGCCGAGCAAUGGCUUCUGGCGACGAAGAAGACCGACCGGAGCAAUCGCCACGAAUGGGUUUCGCGGGAGCGUCGCAGUUGAUCAUGCCGAGUAUUAAAAUGCCCAGUCGAAGGCCGUUUACGGAGCGGGGAAAGGCGAUGGGGAGAUUUAAAUUGCUGGUGGCUGGAGCGUCGGCUAACAUAUUGCGCCUCUCCUUGAAAUGGAAUCUAGGAACCGGCAAGACGUCUCUCAUCAAGGCGAUUGUGCAAACUUGCGAGGACAUCGUUCACGUCGAUUCGAUUGAUGCCGCCUCCGUCAAUCCCCACGAAAGGCGCCGCUCGACACGUCUCCACUCCGGUCCCGUCCCCACUCGCGAAGUGCCCACUUCUGUCGCCGAGAUCUACGCUAGUACCAAACCCUAUCCGUCGUGGUGGUCAGAUCUGGAAGAUUCACGGGUCCUUCGACGCCGGAAAAGUAUCGGGGAAAUCGUACUGGAGAGGAAUCUGUGCUUUGUGGAUACCCUCGCGACGACAUUGAGUCCAGCGGGACAAACGGACUCGAUUCUGCAAUAUAUACGCCAACAACUCCAUCGUGCUGCACUUGCAGGAUCGGGAUCAGGAUCGGAUAUCGAUUUUCAAAACUUGCUUGCGGGGAAUGGCGGACCUCAGGUAGAUGCCAUCUUAUAUCUGAUUACCUCAGACACGUUGUCUACGGAUAUAGAGUGUAUUCGCAAACUCUCCGAUUUUAGCAACGUGAUUCCUCUCGUGGCCAAAGCAGACACCUUGUCAGCCGAAGCCAUUCUCACUCUGAAACAGAGAUUCCGACAACAGGCGCAGGAAGCCGGCAUCAAACCUUUUGUUUUCAGCAGCAGCUCGCCACUCAGCCUCGAUGAUACAUCUCCAAAGCCGCCGUAUGCUGUGUCAUCUGAAAAAACCGCCGACAUGGAAGUCAUGGAUGCAAGCACACUCAUGAGUCCCGACUACCAACAGCCCCUCGUAUCCUCCGAACUCGAGUUCUUGGUGUCCCAGAUGUUUGACCGGGAUCAUCUGGCCUGGCUCCGUCAUUCGGCCGCUAAGAAGCUGAUUCAGGGACGCAGCGACUUUGAGCCUCGGGGAUUAUCAUCCGCCGGCCUGAACCCCCCCAAUCAGGAGCAUGUGCUCUCUGGGGUUACCUCUCCCAGUUCGGGGUGGAGGUCUCCCGGGGGAAGUGCGUCCAUGACUUCGUCCAUAUACUCUCUAGGUGAUCCGGGGAUCCCCACAUACACCCUAGCUCGUCUGGCUGAUUACACUCGACACGAAGAGCGAAUCGCCCAGGUCCGCCUCGCCCAAUGGGCGACAGAUCUGCAACGCAGUCUCCAGAAUGAGCGCGAGCGAUAUGCCGCACUGGCGCGAGGUGAUCGGGCCGUCUGGCUCACGGAACGACUCAAUGAAUGUGUCAUUGACGGAUCUCUGGUGCCUGUCACGCAGACCGCGGGUGAUCAGCACGGGGGCUCACUGAAAGCGAUGCGUUCCGGCAGCGGUAGUGGUGGAGGCCAGAAGUAUCGGGUGGCCGGGAUCAGUGCUCAUGAUCCAUUAGGGGUGGUAGGCUGGAUUGACGACAUUGGACGCCGUGGAUGGAUCCUGGUGCAGAUCGUGGGAAGUGUCGGGGUUGUCGGGGGGUUGGCAUUAUGGGCCGCUCGGUCUUGGGGAUACCCUGCGAAGAAUUUAGCUGAACUUCACCUUGAUCAUUGGUAUGGGAGCCUGGAGAAAUGA